GACCACCUAGGCUCCAAGCAUAAAUAAGUCCAUCUCAUCCUUUUAACCUCUCCAAAAGGUCUUUCCAUCUCUUCAUCACUUCUCUAUUCUCCAAAAAGCCUCUUGCGCCCUCACCAUCAGAUCUAUCCAACGCACCGGCAGCUUAACAAAGAACCAGAGUCAGAUAUGUCGAUCAGAUCAUUACUGAUAGCCAGGAAGAGCAACUUGAGAGAUUUGAAGGCGGGAAGGAUCGUAAUUGGUGCCGCUACAAGUUUAAUGUUCCAUCAAAAUAACAAUCCUGCUGCUCCUGCUGCUUGCUUCUCCUCUGCCACUAGUACUGCACUUGGUGGUGGAAGCAGGUUAGAAGGCAAAGUGGCGCUGAUAACAGGAGCAGCAAGUGGGAUUGGCAAGGCAUCAGCCCGAGAGUUCAUCCAACAAGGAGCUCAUGUGAUAAUUGCUGACUCGGAUAAAGAAAUUGGCUCACAAACUGCUACAGAACUAGGAGCACGAGCUAAUUUUGUUCAUUGUGAUGUCACCGAGGAAAGCCAAGUUGCCGAAGCUGUAGAUUUUGCAGUAGCUAGGCAUGGAAAGCUCGAUAUCAUGUACAACAACGCCGGAAUUGUAGGCCCAUCGUUCCCUCCAAGCAUAGCUGAUCUCAACCUAGAUGAAUUUGAUCGGGUCAUGAGGGUUAACGUCCGCGGUACAAUGGCAGGAAUCAAGCACGCUGUGCGUGUAAUGAAACCAACACAUGCAGGUUCUAUUCUCUGUACUGCCAGCAUUACAGGAAUUCUAGGUGGACUGGGGCCACACCCUUACUCUGUGUCGAAGUUCACUUUGCCUGGAAUUGUGAAGUCUGUUGCUAGUGAGAUAAGCCAAGAUGGAAUCAGAAUCAACUGCAUUUCCCCAUUCGUCAUUCCAACACCACUUGUUGUUGCUCAGAUGCAAAAGUUCUAUGGAGUCGAACGGGAAUGGAUAGAGAACAUGAUUUAUGAACUAGGGGAACUUAAAGGGGCAAAAUGCGAGGACAUAGAUAUAGCUCGGGCCGCUGUGUUUUUAGCAUCUGAUGAAGCAAAGUACAUAUCAGGUCAUAACCUUGUAGUAGACGGGGCAUUCACUUGCUUCAAGAGGCUAAAUAUGCCAAGGCCAGAUCAAGUUGUGUAAUUCUGGUCUGUCGUACAAAUAAUGCAAGAACAUGCCAGAGCACUAACAUGGAUUUUAAUGGUUGAAACGUGUAUCAAGAUACUAAAAAUGACAAGGAAAUACUAUGUGAAAGUACAUCCAGUGUUAUUAUGUUAACUCACUUUAUAUGUGUGUGUGACUGCCU